CUGGGCAUAGUCUGGGGCUAAUGCACACGUAAGACGUUGACGUACAGACAACACCCAAUCACAAUACAGGGCGGGAAAAAAAACAACGUCAGUCUCCUCCCUGCCAAGAUGGCGAUAGAGGAGAGAGAAAUUCUUAAAAGAACAGGCAUUUGGGGAAUGGUAGAAAGAAAUACAUGGUCUGCUUGUUUUUACUGCGAAAAUGAAAAAUUAUUUAUAAAAUUCAUGGUAAACUCCCUCAGUAUUAACCCUUUUUUUGAAUAUGACAGAAAUAUAAGAACGGCAGAUAAAGUUUAGAAAAUAAGAAUUAAUGGGCAAGUCGUGUAUGGAAUAACGGCUGAACAAUCCAAAAUAGGGAGUUCUAAAAUAAGGAAGAAAAGUAGGACGUUUUUUACUGGCACCAAAUGAGGACAUGACCUUGCUACCUUGCUAACUACCUGAAUUUUAUUCAUUAAAAAACUAAAAAAAACGCCUUUGUGAUAAUAUUCUAAUGUUUGGUUGGUGUAAGGAGAUUUAAAGCACCUGUCUGUUGAUGUCAGCGUCAGGACAAUCAAGGGUUACCAUAGUAACAAUAAACAGGUCGUAAGACGGGCACACCGUGAAUCCCCCUUGUGAAACACAACCGCCACCGGAGUUAACUACACCUGUGGUUCCUCACCAGGUCUGACCAAACCAUGAGGCUGAGCAGAGGAAAGAUUCUCCUGAAGAAUGAGGGCUGAUGUCCAUAUGGAGUUCUCCAGAUCCAGACAGUGCACCCAGCAGGGCCAGGAGAGACAUCAGGCUAUUGAUAGACGCUGCACUUCAUGCCCAGACUGGGCAGAGGGAACCAGAGAAACCAAGGAUCAGACAGUCACAACCAUGGUUCAGCAGUGCAACAAAGAAAAAGCUGAAAACCCACAAACUGCUAAGUCUACUGAGGGUAAAGUUCAGUGCAGUUUUGGCAGCCUGCCUCUUCUAAACCCAGAGAGACUGCGGACAGCAAAAGCCCGUGCUGACAAAGCAGUUAAAAUGCACAAGAUAUUCUCUGUCCAGGGUCCUUACCCAGUUAUCCGGGCUGCCUUGAGGGCCAGAGGCUGGAUUGAGCAGCGAACACGGCGCCCAAGCUGUCAAGCUCACUCACGGCCCAGGGAUGAGGGAAAAGCCAGCUCCAAUGACACCGGUGAUGACGAUGAUGAAAACUCAGAUGAAGUUGAAGAAGAGCAGGAUCAAGAUGGACUGCACAACCUCAUGUCUCGCCUGGUGAGGAAUGAGAUGGUCUAUUUCUACUGGACAAACCGUAGAGACGCCAUCAACACCAGCACUUUGCAGAAAGAACAGAUCACUAAUCACUUUGCACAGGCAGGCAGCUUCAGCACCAAGGUGGGGUUGUGUGUGAACCUGAGGAACCUGCACUGGUUUGAUUCAGCAGACCCAGACACCUUCUUCCCCCGCUCUUACAGACUGGCAGCACAGGAUGAGAAACAUGCUUUUAUUGAGGACUACAGGAGGACCGCCUGCACCGGUCUGUUGAAGUACAUUGUCCAGAAGGCGCAGGCUGCACAUGGACAGGAAAAGACCUGCAUCGUUCAGACUGUUCAGAGUCAAAGAAAAGGUAGCAGAUGGCGACCUAAACAAGUGGUCCUCUCCCAAAUGAUUGACACUGCAGUCAAAGUAUGCCAGGAGUUCCUGGAAAGCCUUGAUCACAUUGACAUAGACAAAGGUCUGGACAUGCAGCAAGCGCUUUCAAAGCAGGAGUGGAUGGAGUUCAUUGACAGUUACUACCUGGUUGUUCAUGGCAGAGCAGAGAUCCAGGUCAGUGACCAUGUUGUGGCCAUCUGUGAAGCCAUGUUACAAAGGCUGGUUGAGGUCUGUCCCCAGCUUGAUAUAGAGGGCAUACACAACAUCUGGAUCAUCAAACCUGGGGCUCAGUCCAGAGGCAGAGGUAUCAAAUGCUCCAAGCGAUUGGAUCAGAUCCUUAAGUUGGUGGAUGGGGAUUCAGUCUUGAUCAAGGAGAGCAAGUGGGUGGUGCAGAAGUACUUGGAGCAACCUUUUCUUGUCCAUGGCACCAAAUUUGACAUACGGCAGUGGUUCUUGGUCACAGACUGGAACCCUUUGACUGUGUGGUUUUAUAAAAAGUGCUACAUGCGCUUUUCUACACAGCCAUACUCACUGGAUAAACUUGACAGCUCUGUCCAUUUGUGCAACAACUCAAUCCAAAAGCACCUAAGACCCUCCCAGCAACGCCAUCAUGGCAUCCCCAAAGACAACAUGUGGUCUGACGACCAGUUUAGGACCUUUCUGUCCAGCCAAGGCCGGGAGGCCCAGUGGCAGGCUGUGGUAGUCCCAGGGAUGAAGAAGGCUUUGAUCCGUGCUCUACAGACAACACAGGACCUGAUGGACUCACGGAAAAACACCUUUGAGCUCUACGGUGCUGACUUCAUGUUGGGUCGUGACCUAAAUCCAUGGCUAAUAGAGAUAAACGUCAGUCCCACUAUGGCCCCCUCCACCCCAGUGACUUCCCAACUAUGUGCUGCUGUGCAGGAAGACACACUGCGAGUCGUCCUGGACCGGAAAGCAGACCGCACAGCAAACACAGGGGGCUUUGAGCUCAUAUAUAGACAGGCUGCGGUAGAGGUGCCACAGUAUGUUGGAGUCAACCUACUUGUUAAGGGCUUUAAGAUCAAAUCCCCCUGCUCACUUCCUCCACUGAGAUCCUUCAACCGUUCAGCGUCAAAGCACUGCAACCCUGCCAAGGAAAAAGAACCUGCAGCAGACAAAACAAAACCUCUGCCUAGGAGGUCUUUUAAAGAUUCAGAGCUGAAAGACAGAAGCACUGGGGUUCCAGUGCCACCUCCUCCUUUUAAACUUAAACUAUCUGUGCCUGGCCCUGCUGAAAUGCUUCACCUGCCUACGACAGUGGACAGGUCUGUCGCCCUGCCCAUCAGUGCCCGGGAUCACUCUGUACUUCUGUGUAGGAGGAGAUCAGAGAUGUCAAAAGUCUGCUCAGACAGAGAACAACUCUACCAACAAAGUGCCUCUUUGCCUCUGAAGAUUACUGCUCCAAAACAAUCUGCACAAGCAGCUAGGAGCAUCUUUAGCUUAUAAAAACACUUAGAACAAGGACUGUCUGCAGAAUCAUUCACAUCCUCAUUCAUCACUCAUGUCUUUGAAGCGUGUG